AUGCAGCGAGGCAGGGUGCGGGCGGCGCUGGCGGCGCUGCUGGCGCUGCUCUGCGCGGCGCUGCUCCCGCUCCGCCCGGAGGCCGCCAGGGCGCCCAAGCAGCGGCCGGCGCGGACCCGGAGCUGCGGCGAGCGACCCGAGGAGCUGCUGGAGCAGCUGUACGGGCGGCUGGCGGCGGGCAUGCUCAGCGCCUUCCACCACACCCUGCAGCCCGAGCCGCCGGGCCGCCAGCACAACGCCAGCUGCCCCGCCGGGACACGGCCGCCCGCAGACAAGAGGGUCCGGCUCCCCGUCAACCUGCGCAGCGCAUCGCCCUGGGCGUACAGAAUUUCCUAUGAUCCCACGAGAUACCCUAAAUACAUUCCCGAAGCCUACUGCCUGUGCAAAGGCUGCCUGAUGGGGAUCUUUGGCGAGGAGAGCUUGCACUUCCGCAGCACCCCGGUGUUCAUGCCCACGGUCAUCCUGCGCCGCACACCCGCCUGCGCCGGAGGCCGCUACGUCUACACCGAGGAUUACAUCACCAUCCCUGUGGGCUGCACCUGCGUCCCUGAGCAGGAAAAGGAGGCAGAGAGCGUCAAUUCCAGCAUAGAUAAGCAAGAAGUGAAGUUGCUGGUGGGCCAGAACAAGCCCUCAUCAGAAUGAAGAAUGUAUAAAAAGUCAUCUUUCAGUACUGGCCUCACAUCACCAUCUCACCACCUCAGGAAACUGCACCAGAGCAGCAAACAGACUCACUUGCCCUCUUUUUCUGCUUACAGUUAUUUCAGAUAGAAGAUGGAAAGCCCAGUCAUUCAGAUCAUUAGAGAUGGCAAUUAAUUCAACUUCUUUAGGUCAUGUAAACUUAUUUAGUUCAUUAUUGCAAACUCCAAAGUAGCCUUUUUUUUUUCCUUAGAGCUGAACAUUUUAUAUUUGCUUAUUCACAGUAAAUUUUAGAAGAUAAUGCAACUGUAAGACAUCGUAGCUAUUACUAUAACAGGCUACUGGUUGUAGAUAUUUUUAAGGAAUCUCUUAUAUUCUAUUUUUAGGUACCCUUAUAUAAAAUUCAUGUAGCUGCUGUACAUGGGACAAAUCAGCAGUUAAAAGGAUAAUUUCUGAGGCUGGGAGAGCCUCCCUCUAUACUGCAUAAUCUCCAAGAUUUGCCUCUGAGCUCUUAUCUCUUUGGCUAAUUUAUAUACUACAGGAAGGAGAUGUUUCCCAAGUUGGAGUCAUUCAUGAAGCAAUAUUCUAUGUGCUUGCCAUUUUUAAACUUGCCAAAUUGCUAAGGGUACAAAGGUGUUGAGAAAAAACUUGCUAGAAUAUUGUAAAAAUGCAGCAGACCUUCUUGAUGUGGACUAAGUCUAAUUCUCAGAAAAUGUAAGUUAGAAAAAACACAGUUUGGGUCUCAAGAAUUCUGUAUUUGAUUUCAUCCAUCACUGACCACUUAACUACUUUGUGAUAAAACUAUGCUCCAUGUAGCUGAAAGACCAAAACCCUUUUUGUUGUAGGAGAGGAGAUUCCCCAUUAAAAAGUAAGUACCAAGGAUCGGCUUCUGCUCAGGUGCACUGCAGGCGAGCAAGGAGGCUAGGUCUUAACUUCCAGAUCCUACAAGAGGUCAUUGAGUUGAGUCCCAGACAAGCCAAACUUGUUAAAUCAAAUUGAUUUUUAUAAUUACUGUUACUCCUUUCUCCUUAUGCUGUAUGUAACAGACCAUCACCUGCAAAAGCUGAUGCUCUGUGGAUGAGCAGCCUUCCAUAUGUGCAGCCUACUGCUGAUGGAACUUGAUGGCAGGUCCUCACAAGAAACCCUGCAUACACAAAAACUUGCAUUUCCAGAACAAGAGACUGAAGUUGACUCAGCCUAAUGAAUGAGAAUCAGGAAUGACCAAGCAUGCCUUGCACAAACAUAAUUCCUCAGAGGGCACACUCUCCAAAACCGAUAAACCUCUGAACGCAUAGCAGAGAAUCUCUUUUACAGCUGAAGGAUCAUGACUGCAAUAUUGUUACAGAACAAACAUCAUAUGCAGCAAUGUAUCUGCUACAUCACGAAUCUCAAAAUUUGCCUUAAUUCAUAGCAGAGAAAGCCCCUACACUACACAAACACAGUCCUCUUUGGAGUGCUGUUGGAAGAAGAAUGGAAAGACUAUGAGCUAAUCACAAUUAACAAGUUGAAGACAGAAUGGAAGUUAUAUGACAACUCCAUGUCUUGUGCAUAACUAUUGACUGUGCUUUCUCUGACUCAGUCUAGUAUAACAGUAUUUUUAUAGUGCAAUCUGUGAAACUUCUUACAAAGCCUAAAAUAACUUUAAGAACUCCAGAAACAAAUAAAG